UUUUAUUCAUUUCACUUGUAAGUAAUGAUUUUAGCCAAUAGUCCAACCUAUCUGAGAAAACAUAGUAAGAAUCUCCAUGGCUGCUAUGAUCAUGACGCAGAAACUCGCCCAGUUCCCAGAAAUUCUGAAAUACCCUCACAUUCAUUUCGUCGAGAAACCCAAAAACUGGAUUCAAUUCAACAACAAUAAUUUCAGUAAAUCUGUUCAAGUAAUCUCAUCAUCCCUCGUAACUGAUUCAAGUGUUUGUUCACACUCAAAGACCCCAGAAGUGGGCGAAAAGUUUUAUGGUAAAGCUCGAAAUUUGGUCCAAGAGUUCAGUCCCAAAAUCCCAGUAGAAGAAGCGUGGACCCCACCAAGCUCCUGGUACACUGACCCUGAUUUCUACUCUCUUGAGCUUGAUCAAGUAUUCUACAGAGGCUGGCAUCCUGUUGGAUACACUGAACAGAUUGAAGAGCCCCAGCAAAUUUUUACUGGCAGAUUGGGGAAUAUCGAAUAUGUGGUGUGUCGGGAUGAAACUGGCACAUUACGUGCAUUUCACAAUGUGUGUCGCCAUCAUGCAUCUCUUCUUGCCUCUGGAACUGGGAAUAAAUCUUGCUUUGUCUGCCCUUAUCACGGAUGGACUUAUGGGUUGGAUGGAGCACUUUUGAAAGCUACAAGAAUAACUGGAAUCAAGAACUUCAAAGUGAAUGAAAUGGGACUUAUUCCCAUUAGAGUUGCCAUUUGGGGGCCAUUUGUAUUACUUAAUUUUGAAGGAGGUUUGCCUAAGGAAGAUUUUGAUACCAAUGUCAUGGGAAAUGAAUGGCUGGGUACUUCAGCAGAACUACUGAGUGCAAGUGGUGUUGAUACUUCACUGGAUUAUGUUUGUCGACGUGAAUAUACAAUUGAAUGUAACUGGAAGGUAUUCUGCGACAACUACUUAGAUGGAGGUUAUCAUGUGCCAUAUGCACAUAAAGGUCUUGCAUCUGGUCUCAAUCUAGAGUCAUAUUCUAUCAAGAUGUAUGAGAAAGUUAGCAUCCAAAGUUGUGAUGGCAGUGCCGUGAAUAGUGAAGAAGAAUAUGAUCGACUUGGCUCAAAUGCUGUAUAUGCUUUUGUCUAUCCAAACUUUAUGAUUAAUAGGUAUGGACCAUGGAUGGAUACCAACCUCGUUGUCCCAUUGGGACCACGGAAAUGCCAAGUGAUAUUCGAUUAUUUUCUCGAUCCUUCUCUUAGUGAUAACAAUGAUUUUAUUGAAAAGAGUUUGAAGGACAGUGAGAAAGUGCAGAUGGAAGACAUAAUUUUAAGUGAAGCUGUUCAACGGGGCCUUGAGUCUCCGGCAUACAACAUUGGCCGAUACAGUCCUAACGCUGAGAUGGCUAUGCAUCAUUUUCAUUGUCUGCUCUAUGAAAAUCUCUGCAGCUGAUUUUCAUAGUGAAGAAAGGGCAUAUUGAGAAAACACUGCGCUGUUGUAAGAUAACUAAACACGGUCAAGGGAGAAGGGAGAAGAAGUGGCGGAAAUCAGUCCACUCUGGCUCGUCUUUUCUUCGUCCUCGCUACUAUUUAUGAUCCAAAUGAAGCCUUUACUUGUGGAUUAAACUUUUCAAAUGAUUCGUUCACUUGUGUGGCAAACAUGCCCAUUGAUUUUAUUAUGUGCAAUUGAAGAGCUCUUAAUUUUACCAU